AUGGUUGGGGAAUCACAAUCUGCGCCACUUCGUCUCUUAAAUCCUUUUUUCAACAACUCACAGCCCCACAAGACAAACCCUUCACCAAAAACGCUGAAUUUGGUGAAGUUUCGUGUUGUGGAGUUGGCUGAAGCUUUUGCUUUGUGGCGUCAUGAUUCUUUUUUUCACAAGGGGGUGGUAUUCCCUAAUUUUCCUUGCAUGGUGGAUGCUAUAGGUUUUGGUGGAAAGUUGCAUGUUCGCAAGACUGAAGAUGAGAUUUGGAGGAUCAUGAAUUUGGAUUAUGAUGAGACGUGUUAUGAAGAUAUAAUCAUUUACAAAGGGAAUGUUUACAUUUUGGAUAUAAAGGGAACCAUUUUUUGGAUUGACCCUUCAUCUUUGAAGUUGGUACAAUAUUCACGCUCACUGGGUAGAAGUUAUGGCAUCAGGAAGGAAAUGGUGGAGUGUAAUGGAAGUCUUUAUGUGGUUGAUAUUAUGAAUAUUCAAGAGCGAUACUUUGAAGCUUGUAUUCAAGUUUACAAGAUUGAUGAAGAAUGGGGUAGAUGGGAAAAUGUGAAAAACUUGGGUGAUGUUCUGUUUGUUUUGGGUAAAGACUCUAAUUUCUCUCUAUCAGCUUAA